AUGCGACGAAGGAUGCCUAGGUUUCAUCUGUCUAUGAGUGAUAUGUUGAGGCUAAUCCUUUUCUGGGAGCGCCAAUAUAAAAGCAUUGAUGAGAUGUUAAAUAGUGGAAUAUUUGUUUGGGACACGCAAACUACGCGUGUUGUUAAAGGCCCAGAGUCUGGUGGUUUGGAUUUCAUUCAAUGUGUCUGUAAUGUGGCUAACAAAUACCCCGGUGCAAGAUUUCUCAGAAAGCCUAAUGGUACCUCAAUAGCAUUAAUGUUUGCUUCCAGAAAGCUUUAUGUUGAUGAAUUGAAAUUUGGUUACAUAGUUGAUCAUCAUUUGGAAGACGGUGACAUAAUUCUUUUUAACAAACAACCAAGUUUGCGUCAAAUGUCAAUCAUGCGCCAUAGGGUGAUUACAAUUGUUCAAAUGGAAAUGCUACUUCUGCAACAGGAUCAGACUAGGAUGCCUACUGCAAGGCUGAGGAAGGUAGUGAUUGAUCAAAGAGCCAAGAGCUGA